AUGUUCAAAUUAAUUUCGGGAAAUUAUGUGCUCACCAUUAUCCUCCUUCUCCUGUUCUCCAAAUCGUCGAAUAUUGCGUUCGCAAUCUGUAAUGCUUGCUCUAUUUCUAAUUUUUAUUGCGCAUCACAAACGCAGUUCCAAGUAUGCGUCAAUGGCUUACCAACAGGAACGGCGUUGAGUUACCCGGACGGAUAUAUCUGUUCGAUAACUGUUGCAAACAUCUGUGUACCGAGUGCUUCCCAGCCCUUCCCUGCCCUGGUGUUGCACCCACUUGACAGUCCUACUACGACGACUACUUCAGGUUCGGUAAUUGUGACCAAUCGAGUUUCAUUUUACCAAACUAUACAACAAAUGGUCGUUUUCCAAUAUGUCUACUGUUUUAUAAAUGGCAACGUUUGGAGUGGCGCGAUCUACGACUGUCCAAGUGCUACUUAUUUUGAU